GAUUGGUGCUAGUCAGUCAUCUGGCCAAUCGAGCUGUCGUCCCCCUCUUUGGCGAUUGGAAAAUCACAACGACGUCACUGGCAUGGAUUCUCCUCACACAUUUUGGUUGCUAGACAAUAUACAGCAGAAAACACUUGGCUUUGAGUGAAAAUCACUUUGAGCUUAUUGGAGAGUUGCGCGCGUUGUUACUUUUCCAAGGGCGAUCAUCUUGGAAUUCGAUUCCCUUAAACCAAGAGGAUAACCAGUUUUAUAAUUACUGGGCACAGCGCGCUGGUAUAGUGCACUAGGUCUAGGUUUAGUACCUGCCUAAACUCGGGAGAAGGAUCGCAAAAAAAAAAGAGGAAAAAAAAAGCCUCCAGCUCACAAACGCGUCAGCCACCACUACUCAGCAACGCGACAAGCUGACAUGUCUUCUCCAAUCCGGGUCCCGACCGCUGCGGUCGAAAGCUCAGAUCCGACCGGAGACUUGGUGUCCGGCAAAGACGCGCGCCUGAUGUUGGAGUCGACGACGCGACAGAAGACUUCGCGCCUGCCGUCGGCGCUUCGCUUCCCCCUCGUCGUCGUGCUCAGUCUAGCGUGGACGGCCGUCGGAUAUGGAAGCAUAGCACAGUGGAUAAGCGAACAGUUAUUUUCCUUUUCGAGGUCGCUGUCGCGCACACAGGGCGCUUCUCUGUUGAUCUGGAGAGUGCUUGAACUGGGGAUAGGAUGGUUCGGCAACUACGAUAGCUACGACCUCGCCGCAGUGAGCGUUCUAUCACACGGUCCCACACUCUACCUGCUUUCCACUUUCUAUGGAAUGCGACCGUUAGCCGCAGCAACUUGCCUUUCGAUCGAUGUUCUGUCCAGCGUCGUGCCGUUUGCAUUAUUACGCCCCCUGUCUGCAGCGCAUCUAGCUGCACCAAAUGUCCCGAACCGGAUCUUGCUGGUGGACAGGCCAAUCCAGGCUUAUACUGCCCUUAUGGUAUCGGCCGUCUAUGCACUGACGCUAUCUUUCGCGUACGGGCCGUUUUUGAGGAGCAUCCUGCUGCUCAACUUUACGGGCAUUCCAUCGAUCGAGCCAUCCAAGACUCUCGAAGCCACUAUCUGGACAAUUGCUCUUUCGUUGGCGUUCGGGGUAGCGGCGCGUACAUUCAUAUUUGUGCCAGCGGCUGCCACAGGACGCGUUGUUGAGGAUGAUAUGCUCGAAAAGUUCGACCCUGUCUCUGCGACGCUAGGAGAGACGUUGCUUUUCAAUGCUUGGGGAUUUACAGCUCAGACAAAGACUGUAAUACUCCGAACCUUAGUGGUCAUGUUUAUCAGUGGCGGGCGGACUUUUAUGCAGUGUGGCUUAACAAUCGCUGGGGUGGAAUUCGCUGGAGCUGCCAUGUAUUCUUUGGUAUGGGCCGUGGCUUCACUCUUUGCUGGCUUGGGAUUGGGCCUCAUCGUGGAGUGAACAAUCUCGACUGCAAGUGGUUUUUACGGGCAGAUGUCUGUGGCUCUACUCCGUAUAAGGGCCCGGGCCUAGGAAAUAGUUGAAAAUGUAUAUCUUUGCUUCUCCUUGCCUAAUUAUUUUCUUGGCCGAUAACGACGAUGAAAAUCACUUGGGAUCAGAGGUUGCCAACGGAAAUUGGCCUCGAAGUAGAGGAUAAGGUCAAGAAUCCUCCUGUAACGGCACCUGUCUUUUAUUUAUUUAUUCUCACAUUCCUACUCUGUAUUUGUUCAUUUACCCCACCCAUCUACGUGCCUGACAAGGCUAGGUGAUCGUCUUGGUAGAUAUGGAGUACAUGAUUCUAGAAAGCGAUAUCUUAUGCCAGCUCUGAGAA